AUGAAUACUCGGUUUGUGAAUUUGAUAGUGCAGGACUUGAGCCGUCGCAUGUAUUCGCUGCAUCGCCUGGAUCCCAUAAAGUACCUCUUCUAUCCGUCAACAGAAGCACGAAAAGCAGCACUAGCAAAAACGGAGAAAAACAAACCACCUAUGCUAGAGCGCUUGUCGGUUCUGCCUAAGCCGGAAAUCAAUUUUCAUCCCAUGUCUAGUUUAACACAUAGUAGUAUGAACAGGGAUUCGUUCUCUCUACUUGGAAAAGACAGUAUUGUUUUCAGUGACUCCUUUAGUAAGACGAUACUCUACAACAUUGACCUGGGAACUGUUGCAAGCAUCCCUCGUAUCAAUUCAUGCAUGGUUCCUUUUGGCAUGAGCCUCCCCAUGAUCCAAGACAAUCUUGUUGACCGGACAGAAGAUCAAUCUCUCUAUGUUAUGGACCUGUCACGUGACGCCAACAUCAGCAGCUGCUUCGAGGUCCUUAGAUGCGACGAUGGUUGGGGCUGGCAUACUUUGCCGGCGCCGCCAUUCCUCACUCACAAUCCUUCCUUCCAAAGAACCAUCAACAGGUGUUGCUACAUGGUGGUCGACAGCUCCACCAUCUGCAUAUCAUCUAUGGAUCAGGUCAUAGGCACGUACACCUUCGACACAGUGAGUCGUGUAUGGAGACAGGUUGGCAAAUGGGUACUACCCUUCUAUGGCAAAGCUGAGUAUGUCCCUGAGCUCAAACUCUGGUUUGGCCUCUCAGAAUGCAAUGGCUCUCCCAGGUUAUGCGCCCUGGACCUCUCUGCCAUGGACGCUGAGCAGCCACCAACACUGCAGCAUACUUGGGAUUAUCUUGAUCUGUUUGAGGAUAAGAAGACGGUGAUAUCUGAAAACCAUCUGGUUAACUUGGGCUCUGGCAUGUUUUGCAUUGCCACGCUCCUUAGGACUAUUCUGCACACAUUUAGCCCAGACUCCCCAUGCUCUUCAGGUGAGGAAAUUAUGAUGGAUAUGAUGGAUGGGGAGUUUAUUUUCUUAACUGGUGUGGAAGUAGAGAGAUGCUGCAACGAAGGUCAGGCUCCUUUCAAGAUGAUCAAGCACAAGUCUAUAUAUUAUGACUUGAAACACUGUACCAUAAAGUCCGUGCUCUAA